ACACUGACUUAAUCUGUCAAUCUUUAAUAUUUUUUUUGGUUAAAUUCUAGAAGAAAUUAUAGAAAAACAAGAAUUGAUAAGCAUGUCACGAUUUAUGACUGCUAUUUUGCAACCAUUAAAGUGUGUUGCUCAAAGCUUCCAUACAAUAUCUCAAGUUCCAUCAAGUAAUGCUUUAGUAAAGCCAGAUUCGUUUUUACUAACGGCUGUCAGAACUAAAGUUCGUUGUUAUUUUCCGAGGCCUAACGAAGUGAGAAGAGUGCGUCGGCACGGUUGGAAUGCAAGAAUAUCCACUCCAAAUGGUCGAAGAAUUAUUAUGCGUAGAUUAUUAAAAGGCAGGUUUGUUCUAUCUCAUUAGGAUUUGUUAUUUCAU